GUUUGAGAGUAAAGAGAUCAUGGGUUCUUCUUCUAGAAAUCUCUAUGCAGGAAUUGGAGAAGGUCAAUCAACUUCUAGGCCACCACUCUUUGACGGCACCAACUAUUCCUAUUGGAAGGAACGAAUGAGAAUCUAUAUCCGUUCCACCAACUUCCAAUUAUGGUUGGUCAUAAAAAACGGAGAGGAAAUCCCGAUGAAGAAAGUUGACGAUAAGUUGAUUCCCAAGACCGAAGAUGAGUUUGAUGUCGAGGACAUCAAGAAGAUUGAGAAUUAUGCAAAGGCCAUCAAUAUGUUAUAUUGUGCGGUCAACCCCGAUGACUACCGGAAAAUCUCCUGCUACACAACCGCCAAGGAGAAGUGGGACAAGCUUGAAGUGACGUACGAAGGUACUGAUCAAGUUCGUGAAGCCAAGAUCGAUUUUCUCACUCAAGAGUACGAAAUGUUCCGAAUGAAAGAAGGUGAGAAAAUCGAUGACAUGUUCGACCGGUUCUCAAAAAUCAUCAACGACCUUCAUGCUCUCAAAAAGACUUACGCCAACAAGGAUCUCGCGAGGAAAAUCCUGCGGAGUCUCACACCCGAAUGGAGGUCAAAAGCCGAUGCAAUCUACGAGUCCAUCGGAGUCUCUAAUGUCACCAUCGACGGGCUAAGAGGUAACCUCAAAAUUUAUGAAUCUACUAUUCUAACCCCGUCUUUGGAUGAACAAAAGAAGAAAGGAAUAGCGCUCAAAGUAACCAAGGAGAUCGUAGAGGAGGUUUCGAGCGAUGAUGACAACGAAUUUGGACUUGUCAUCAAGAAGUUCCACAAGUUCAUGAAAAAGGAAUUUGAGCGGAAGGGAAGGAAGCACGACGGUCCUCCCAAGUGCUACGGUUGUGGCGAGAUUGGUCACAUCAAGCCAAGGUGCCCAAAAGUGAAACACGGCUAGGAUAAGCCCGGCUUCAAGAAGCAAAGGGCUUACAUCUCUUGGGGUGGCGAUUCCGGCGAUGAAUCAACCGACCAAGAAGAGGACGAAGCUGCAAAUCUCUGCCUCAUGGCGCACAAAGAUCAAAACAACGACGUCCAAGAGGUAUGUACUAUUUCUUUCGACUCCUAUACUUUUGAAUAAAUGCAAGAAGCACUU